UGUUUUUCUCUCCCUCCCACUCCCUGCGACGUAUAGAUACUGCAUUGAUCAGACACACGCGCGCAGACACAUGCACACACACGCACACACUGAGCCUCCCACUCCUUUCAUCAUUGAUUCGCUCUGCUCUGCUCUGCCUCUCUCCCCAUUCUCUUUCUCCCUCUCUCACUCUCUCUCUCUCUCUGUACAGCGGCACUUGUUGAAUUCAACCCUUGGAGAAUAGAGAGAGGGGAGAGAGAAACAGAGAGAGAUAAUGACAGGGAGGCAGAGGGAAGCUUUGAGACAGCGCUAGAACAGACAGUGAGCAGAGAGAAUGGGGCUUUGGAGGAUAUAGAGAUAGAAGAUAGGCUGAGGGGGAAGACAGUCAGAGGGAAAAGUCAGUCAGACAGCAGAGAGAAUCAUCUUUGAGACACCGGGAAUGGCACUUUAAGUGAAAGAGAGAGUCCACCAGACGGAGUACAUCAGAGUGCUCCCCUUCCAUCUCUAACUACUCCUCUCCUGUCCCGACUGCUGCUGCCGCCACUGCUGGUGUGUUAGUGUGUGCUCCGUGGUGUGUUUGAACCCGAAGACUGGCUAACACAGAUGCCUCUCUCAGCGGCAGAGUCUGCAGUAAAUAUCUGAAACCCCAUCAUCCUCUUCUUCUGUGGCCAACAUGUCCCAGCUGCUCCAUGUGGAGAUCCCGAACUUUGGAGCCACGGUUCUGGGCUCCCUUAAUGAGCAGCGCCUGCUGGGACACUACUGCGAUGUCUCCAUCUUGGUCAAAGGUCAGGCUUUCAAAGCCCACCGGGCCGUUUUGGCUGCCAGCAGCCUCUACUUUCGUGACCUCUUCAGCAGCUCCACCAAGAGCCAGUUUGAGUUGCCCUCCUCAGUCACACCUGCUUGCUUUGAGCAGAUCCUCACUUUCUGCUACACAGGGAAGCUAACAAUGGCAGCUAGCGAACAGCUGGUGGUCAUGUACACAGCUGGCUACCUCCAGAUUCAGCAUAUAGUUGAAAGAGGCAUGGACCUAAUGUUCAAAGCAAACUCACCUCACUGUGACUCGCAGACGGCAGGGUCUUUAGAGGAAGCAGGAUCCGAGCCGCAGAGUCCUUGUAACAAUGGUAACGGCCUAGCGGUGGCUGCCCUUUUGGGAACCCCAGGUUGGUCUUCAUCCAUACUCAUGCCACAACGUAAGAUUAAACUAGAAGGGGGAGAGCCAACACCCGUGACAAUACCCUCGACGCAAAGCAAGAUUUCGUCUUCAGAGUUGGGGAGCCGGCUGGCGCGGGCUAGCUCACUCUUCUACACAACGGCCGGUGGGACCCCCAUUCCUGGUAUUCCUCCUUUCCAACUCCAGGGAGCCGGUGGGGGUGGAGCAGCAGGAGGAGGAGCAGGAGCUGAAAGGUCCAGUCCUGGAGCAUCCAGCCUGCCAACCACUGACAGUCCUACAUCCUACCAGAAUGAGGAUGAGGAGUUUGAGGAAGAGCCCUACGAUGGGAUGACGGAUGAUGCUUACAGUCAUCUCUAUGGACGCUCAGCUAACCCCUACGGGAUCCAGGACAAGCCAGAGAUGGCAGCGAUGCCCUUGGCCUUGGAGAGCCGCAACUGUGUGCUGAUCCGCAGGGACCUGGUGGCACUGCCUGCAAGCCUCAUCAGCCAGAUAGGCUACCGCUGCCACCCUAAGCUCUACACUGAGGGGGACCCUGGGGAGAAGCUGGAAUUAGUAGCUGGUACACAGGUGUUUAUGACUCGAGGACAGCUGAUGAACUGUCAUCUAUGUGCUGGUAUCAAACACAAAGUCUUGCUUCGCCGUCUGCUAGCCACGUUCUUUGAUAGAAACACUUUAGCCAAUAGCUGUGGGACAGGUAUCCGUUCAUCUACUAGUGACCCCAGUAGGAAACCCCUGGACAGCAGGGUCCUCAACGCUGUCAAACUCUACUGUCAAAACUUCAACCCUAACUUCAAAGAGAGUGAAAUGAAUGUGAUUGCUGCUGACAUGUGCACAAAUGCAAGGCGUGUCCGCAAGCGAUGGUUGCCCAAGAUCAAGUCCAUGUUGCCUGACGGCAUGGAGGUGUACCGUGCAGGAAUGGGCAUGGGUGCUGCUGUGGGUCUGGGCCUGGCGUUGGGUGCCCCUCAACCAGGGAUUCCCCUCCCAUUCGAGCCUGACUUCAAGGCCCUAGAGCAAAGGUUGUAUCCAGACCGCAAGGACCCUCUCAGGACUCACCCACCGCUGACAGAGGGCAGCCCCGGGUCUGGGGCGGCUGGUGCAGAGGUUGAAGGCGAAGGUGAAGGAGUCGUCCAGGAAGAACAGGAGGAAGACGAAGAUGAAGCUGCGUUAGACAGCGUAGAUGGAUCACUGGGGGCGCCAACCAUGAUCCCAGGAGUUGAGGCGGGCAACUGUGGCGACACGCCGCCUGAGCAGGAAGUGGAAAAUUUUGGACAAGGUCUGAGGGUGAACGGACAGUGAAUGUCCCUUUGGGCUGCCUCUCACAUUGUGAAAUCUGUUUAACACCGCAUUUUCUUUUGCUUGCUCUCUUACUCUUAACAUCUCGUCCACCACUCUUUCUUCUCCUCUGUGCUUCCUCAACGGGAAUUAUUCAGCACAAAAGGCUGCGCUCGUAGAUCUUAACUAUACAGGAAUUUGUCACACAUGCAUGCGCACGCGUGUGCUCGUGUACACGUAUGCUUACUGAUAGUGGAAGUAGAUCACUCAUAGUAGAAGUAGACACAGGCAUGGCAUUAGCACAUUAAGAAAAUCAACCCUUUCUGCUCCACCCUUUUCUUAGUAUAUUCAGUAUUUACUCAGUAUUUCAGCACCCGCAGCAAUAUUACAAAGGCCUGAUAGCAGAACAAAUGGCUGGAAUGAUUCAUCAUUUCAGUGCAAUACAAAAGAAACAGCUGCUUUGCUGGCAGUUUAUGGAGUGUGGUUUAAUGGUUUGUAAAAUGAUUCCUUUUUCUUGGAAAGCCACAUGAAAAUAACCCGUGUAACCUUGGGAAAAACAGAUCAGAGAAAGAAAGCUCUCUUAAAAAGCAGCUUAUCGUCUUUUAUGAUAAAUAUAUAUAAAUAAAUAACAAAGACUGCAUUAUGAUUUAAGGUCAAGUAGUGCAGAACAGCCAUUAAAGAGAACAAUUUUCCUUUCUGUUAAAAAAUCAUGUCAUUUUAGGACAAAGACAAGGAAAAGUUUUUCUGCAAAAGCAAAAAAAAAUGUAUUAGUCAAACAAAUCAUCUGUCACAUGGAGUUGUGUUUUCGUGCACAUUUGCCCUCGACAUAUUGGAUUAGAUUGUCAAUGUGAUGCCUGUGUCUGCUCCAGACUGCCCAUACCAGCCACACAUACAGAUCCACACACAAGCAUUUCUCACCUUAUGAUACUUAAUAUCUGCACCAGUGCAUUAAAAAUACACUGUCCAGAAAAGAAAAUGCUUUUUACCUUUGGAAAAUCCCUUUCAAUAACAUCAUGAACAUGAGACAGAACAUGCACUAAAAUCCAAGCUUGCAUGCAUGAAUACAGUGGAUACAGAGAAUUAUUGAAAACAACAACAAAGCCACAAACUUGCAUCUGAAUAAGAGAACAGCUGCUGUUGCCUCGAGAUAUGCCGUUAAAUGACUUUUUUUACUCCACAUCUCACUGGGAUCUGACCUCAGUCUGACACAUUGGCACAUGUUAGAACUGACCUGGGUGUGACCUGGGACUGUGUUUGACACAAUACCAAUUGGAAUUUCUUUUUUUUACUAUGGAGCGUGCUGUCACCACAAGUAGAGAAGACUGAAUAUAAGAGGAAGUGCACUACACUGAGUCUCAGAAGAGAGAAGUGCUGUUUCACCUUGAUGUGUUGGUGUGAUUGGCACCAAGACUACAUAGUCCUGCUUCCAUCCUGAUUUCUUUUUUUCUUUUUUUCCUGGGAGAGGGGGGGGGGGGUAAAUUAUUGAAUAAAACUUAUAAGAGCAAUUUCUGCUGGCUUAUGCAUUUGCACUCAAAAAAAAAAGGUUAAAGGGUGGGAAACUAAGGCGAAAAAUGUGACUGUACUAGAGACUGAAAGUGUCCUCCUCAUCACUCUGAUUGUUUGCUUGAUGAGGGGAUUAGAAAGCGAAAAACUAGAUUUUCUGAAGAUAACUGUUCUGUUUAUAUGUUUUGAAAGAGUGAGGCAGUGUCAAACAGGGACACUGAACCCACAUUUGUCAUACUCAUUUUCUUUUUUGAUAUCUAUUUUCAUGCUUUCUGCCACGCAUAGGGACGCAGUCCAAACAGCCUUCCUGUUUUGUGCAUUUAUUUUAAGGAUACGCUAUCAUCUCUUUUUUUGUGUGUUUUUUUCAUCAAAGCACAUUUAAUCAUAAGGUCAGACCAUCGAAUUUAGUAAAUAAUUGAACCUAGAACCCAAUGCAAAAAUAUAUAGCAUAAGCCAACUACCACGCAAAAAAAAAAAAUACAGUAUAUGCCCCUGAUAUAUUUGAUCUGUUUGAUUAUGCUUCAGUGCUGUGCCACCUCAAAGGUUGUGUUUACGUGUCUUCGGAUUGUUUAGGAGAAGCUUUAAGAUGGCCCUGCACAAGAAACACAGGGAUGUAAUUGCACUAGGUAAUAUUAUUACUGAUGAUAAUAAUAAUAAUAAUGACGUUUACAGUAUCUUUUGUUUUUAUUUUGGUAAGAAAUGUGAUCCGCCAUAAAUAAAACAGCUCGCAUUGAUCGAAUGGCUGAGAUAAUGAAUGAAUGUAAAAUGUAGCACUGCUUUGGCGAGGGGUCCAAGCCUUGAUUGAAUAUGGUCAAAUUAGCCUUUUUAUAUAUAUAUAUAUAUAUAUAUAUAUAUAUAUAUAUAUAUAUAUAUAUAUAUAUAUUAUGACUCACUUUUUCCUCAGUUGUGUACUCUAAAUGAAACAUGGGCCAUAAUAGAGGUUAAAUUUGACAGUGAGGUUGGGCGAUGUUCAAACCUAAAGCUUUAGUGAUGUUGUUAUUUUUUAAUGUGAACAGGUCUUCCAAUGUGGUAAACGCCAGUGAGCAUUACCCUUAUAUAUAGAAGUACAGGCUUUUAUUGCUCUAUUGUCCAUUUGACAAUUAUCCCAACAAACUCUUUUUUUUUUAAGAUUUUGACAUUUAUGUGUGUUGAAAUGCCACGUGCUCACAAAACAGAGAGAUCCUGAAAUUUUCUGUGUAAAUUUCAAGAAUUGAUCUCAUUUUUAAAUUACCAAGAUUCAGUUCCUAAAGUUGCUCUUGUAUAAAUAAAGAAUUCAGUAGUGUGUUGAUGCCAAUAAUAACUGGACUUUUUAGAGGGCCAUCUGCAUUUCUUAUUUUGUAAAUCAUGGUAACAGUCUUCCCAAAAUGUAUAUGAUUUUGGACUUCAAUUUGCAGUUAUAACUUUUGAUUGCAAAAAACAGCUCCUGCGGCCCAAAACAUUUCAACCUUCCGUAUACAGCAGUACACUAAGUGUAAUAUACAAAUUUAUUUAAUAUUUUUAUGUUUCCACACACAAUAAAUUUACAGUUUUGGUUAAAUUUUCAACCAGGCAGAGUCUUACAUGGUCACUACUUUUAUUUCCAGAAAUUAAUGAAUUAAUUAAUGAAAUUAUUUCCAAUACAAAGGAAACAGUAAAUUAUAAAGGGUGGGAAACAUUGAUAAACUCCACUGUGGUGAUAAAGGGGUGUGGAGCAGUGCCUUAGACUGUGACUGUAUGGGUGUGUAUGUUGUCAUGUGGACUUUAAUGUUCAGAAACAAACAAAUCAAAGUAACCCUCAAUUUUUUUUUCCUUUACUAAAAUUGGCCUCCAACAACCUUUAAAAAUGUAUUUACUAUUUUGUUCACUCGUAAUUUUUGCCAUCAUCUGGCGUCAUCUGAAGUUCAACUUAAAACAGAUUUACUGUGCAAAGAUGCAAGGACUGGGAAUCAUCAUAGGGGCAGUCAUCACAUUUUUCGAUAUGCAGAGUAUUGUGACAACAAACUACUUACAAUAUAUUGCAAAUUUAUUACUAUUUUUUACCACAAAUUAUGUCUCCAAGGAAAAUCUUUGUCAACAUCUGAUUUUUCUAAUAAGUAAAAUUUUUAAGUCAUUUUUAUUGCAGCAAAAUGUAUCUAGUGGAGUGAAAUAGUAAGAUUUUAUUCACUUAGUAGACUACCAAAAGUUUAUUUUUUGUUUGUUGUAUUAAAAAUGUAUAUAAUGCAGAAAAAAAAUCGAUACUUGGCGUCUGUGUAUCAAUUAAACAUUGACACGCAAAAUGUUGCGAUACUAUGCUGUAUCCAUUUAUUCCCAAACCACUAUUAGAAGCAUUCAACAGCUAAUUGGCAACAACCUGGAUCCCCUUGAUUGAUGUCCCCACUUUAAUAAAAUGAUUGACAGAUCUCCCAAAAAUUUUAUAAAACACAAUGAGGCUUCACAAAUGAGGCUUUUAAGAGGAUUUGCUUUUGAAUAGUCUUUCUCAUAAAACAUGACCCUCGAUACAGUUAUAUUUUGGCUAUUUCACAUUUUGUCUCCCUUAAUGCAAAAAAUGUCCCACCCAACGAAAAAUAUCAACUUUUUUUAAGGAAAAUUUCUUUGAUGCUUAGGCUAUAUUUUUUCUUGUGCAGGGUAAAUUUGAACACGAAUUAUGUUGCACUAUAAACUGAGAAAUUCUCAGAGAAUGUCAUGGCUAACCUUUGGGGAAGAUGAGCGUUUUGAGGUGGCUGAAAGAAAACAAAGUUCUGUAAAUUGUAUGUAAUAUGUAUUUUACAUAUAUGUUUGAUUGAAACCAGUGUCUCCUUCACAGCAAACUCUGUAGUUAAGAUUUUUUUUGUUGUUUAAUGACAUAAAUGUGUAUUUUGCAAUCCAUUCACCUGGACAACCAUUGAAAAUAACAAGAAAAGAAAUUGAAUGGGACUUUUGGUUAAAAAGAACCUGUUUUCACAAACAUUUCUUUGCAAAUAAAUUGCUACUAACUUUCUAAAAACCUUACACAGUGCUCCGUUCAUCUCCCAUUUCUGUAAAACUGAUGAGCGCAAGUUUGUUCUAUCGAAUGGUUUAUCCUGAAAACAACACAUUUAUAUGCAAAGAGACACUUGUAUCAUAAACUGCAUGCCAUUCAGACACUCACUCGAACCCGAUGAAACCUCUGAUCUUUAUGCACCAUGUAUUUUAUGCUGAAUAACUGUUGUCACUGUUAGCAAACAAAGACUGUGGAGUCUUGCGAUGAGUAGGGUUGUAUUUUUAUCGCACACCCUGGCCUUUUAUUGAAUGUUUGUGUCAAGUUUAAUCUAUUAUAAUAAUGACAGUAAAGUAGUAGUGAUAAAGAGUGGGAAACACGGCGUAACUACCCAGUUGAGUGUGCAUUUCAACCUUCUGCAGACUCAGAAAAAAUGCACUAAAAGUUUGUAUUUGUGUUUUUGUGUCCUUGAACAUAAUGCCAGCACUUUAGAACUACUUAGGAAAAAUGAAUGAGCAAGGGUUCGGCGAAUGAGAAGCAAACUUUUAAAGCCAUGUGUUCAGAGCGCUGACAAUCAGAUUAGGGAUGAGACCCAAAGUGCAUUAUGGGAGAUCUGACUCGACUUGCUGUGCUCUUGCUAUUUGCUUUGUCUUUCUCCAGCUUGCUUUGGUCUGUGCUCGCUUACUUUCCAGAGUGGAGGGACAUGGUGAUGUGAACUCCAGCCUUCUUGGUUAUAAGUGUGUGUCUCUGCAACAAGGACUGACUGAUAUUUGACUGAUAACCUUGGUGCUUCGUGAACAGAGCUGUCCCAUGUUGACAUGGACCAUAUCUGUAAUGCUCGUGGGCCGGAUUUGGGCCUAAGCCUGGGCUUAUUGGUAACCUCACUCAAUGGACAACAAUCCGUACAACAAAUGAGGAUCUUAUCAUGCAACCCUACACUUUGAUCAUGAUAACGUUCCUCACUAUCAACAGGGCUUGGACCAGGCAAACUGGGAUGGGACAAUUUCAGUGUUGAUACUGCUUUAUGUUUCCCAAAAAAAAGAGUUAAAAUGUUUAUGCGCCUUCUGACUCGAGCAUCAAUAAUAUAUACAACAGAAAUGCAAGUUGCCACUUUUGAUGUUGCAUAAGAAUCUACCUUUCAUUCCCAUCAUGGUAUUUGCCAUCACCAGUUUCAGUUGUGUAGUCCAAGAGUACCCGAUUUCUUUAAAUGCAAUACAGAAAAAAAAAUCUGCUUUCUAAUAAAAGUCCUUACUUCACCAUA